AAUAAAGGUAAAAUAAAAGCAGCCUGAACCUGAAGUUUGGUCAGCGUUUACACUUCUCAGAAUUUUUGUUCUGUUCUGAAGUUGUUUAUUCUGAGAAGAGAACGCAAUGGAUGAGAUACUCAACAAGGUGGGUUCGUACUGGUUCAGCCGGAAGGCCAGCAAGGAGUUUAACUCUGUCGGUGAUGAUAUCAACUCACUGUCAACCAGUAUUGAAGGGGGAACCAAAUGGCUGGUCAACAAAUUAAAAGGGAAGAUGCAAAAGCCAUUAACGGAGUUGCUAAAGGAAUUCGAUCUACCCAUAGGAAUAUUUCCUCGUGACGCGACAAACUAUGAAUUUAAUGAAGAAACAGGGAAGCUUGUCGUUUACAUUCCUCAAGUGUGUGAAGUGGGCUUCAGGGAUUCGUCCAUCCUGCGAUUUGCCACCAUUGUGAGUGGUUAUUUGGAGAAAGGAAAGCUAGCAGAAGUAGAGGGAAUUAAGACCAAAGUGCUGAUCUGGGUAAAAGUGACCACCAUUUCAUCUGAGGGACCAAAGCUACAUUUCACGGCUGGCGUGAAGAAAACAAGGAAAAGGGAAGCAUACGAGGUUACUAGAGAUGGUAUAACAGUAGAUAAAUUCUAAUAUAUUAACAAUAAGCUUCUUUUGUUAAGUAGUUUUACAAUUAGUAAAAUAAAUUGUCUGUUCUUGUUCUUGUGGACCAUUUUAUUCUACUAGUUAUUAAUGUGGUAGUGACUCUUGGAAUUUGGUGGAACUCCUCCCCUUGUUGAUUAUGUAGUAGUUUAGUUUCUGCUUGUGCUCCUAAUGUGUCACAGUAUUAUUUUGGUGCAUGGAAUUAUAUAGGAUAUUGAUUCCCCCACUAUUAUUA